AUGGUAGUAGGGCAGGCUUGAAACGUCGCGCUGCUUGCCUAAUUGGGCUUGGCUUGGCGUGAAUGAUUAUUAACACGGACUCCUCCUUGACUUUCCAGUCAGCUUCUCCCCUCUGACGCCAUCUCUCAUUCGAGUCUGACACGAGUGCGGCACGUCGAGAUGCGUUGUGCUGCUGAUCUUCUUACGCCGAACGGCCUACGCACGUGUCUCCACCUCACGGUCGUAGCGAUCGCGGAAAUGGAAAAGCUGACAGUAAGAUCCGUAUGGGUUUGCGGCUGAGAUAUCGAUCACUUUCCUAACUCCGCCACCUACUGUGGACCUCAUCAGGCACGACAGCCGCAAAGCGUUAAUGUUGCGCGGUUGCGUAAUCGCCGUGCCUAUUUGAUGCAGCUCCUCCUUCCGUAUUCCUUCUGCUUUGUCUUCUUCUUUUCCCCCUCUGGCCUUUCCUUCGCCGUCUCGCCGUUUUCAAUAAAAGCAAAAGACUACCCGAUUCCACAAUGCCUUUCCCCAUUUCCGCCGACAAGAUCGAGACUCGCCAUUACAUCAAUGGCGAGUUCAGCGAGUCCUCCGACAAAGCCACUUUCCAGCUCGCCUCGCCUUACUCCCACGAGAAGAUCGCAGACGUCUGCGAGGCGACAGUAGAAGACACGAAUCGCGCCGUGGCAGCAGCAAAAGCCGCCUUCCCAGCAUGGUCAGCCCUUGAUCCCACCACGCGAGGCGGGUACUUGAAGAAGCUGGCCGAGCUGAUCGUCGCCAACCAUCAGGAGUUGGCCCAGCUCGAUGCCAUGUCCAUGGGCAGACCGGUGUCGUCCUACUUCGACGCCUUUGCCAGUGCCGGCUACUUUGAACACUAUGCCCAGGCUGGCCUCUCUGCCUUGGGCACGACGAGCCUGAACACCCCGGGCUUUGUCAAUAUGACUUUCCGCCAGCCCAUCGGACCUGUGGCGGCGAUUAUCCCCUGGAAUAUUCCAGUGAUGAUGUUCGGCAUGAAGGUCGCUCCUGCUGUUGCCGCAGGCUGCACGGUCGUGCUGAAGAGCUCCGAGAAGGCGCCGUUGUCGUCCGCCAAACUCGCCAGCCUUGCCCACCAAGCCGGCUUCCCCAAGGGCGUCAUCAACGUUCUCAGCGGUCACGGCACCCCAUCCGGCUCCACCCUCUCCUCUCAUAUGGACAUCCGACUGGUGAACUUCACCGGCAGCACCGCCACAGGCCGCAAAAUCCAGCAAGCCGCCGCAAGUUCCAACCUCAAAAAAGUCGUCCUGGAGCUCGGCGGCAAAUCCCCCGCCCUCAUCUUCCCCGACGCCGACAUCGCCAAAGCAGCCGCCGACACCGUGGGCAGCCUCCAGCUCCUCUCAGGCCAGGCGUGCAUCGCCAACAGCCGCAUUUACGUGCACGAAAGCGUGGCGCCGCAGUUCAAGGAGGCGUUUAAGAAUCUGUUCCGCGGCGCGAAGAAGGGCGAUCCACUCUUGCCUGAGACGCAGCAGGGCCCGCAGGCGGACGCGAUUCAGUUUGAGAGAGUCAAGGCUUACCUCAAAGCUGCGAGCGAGGGCAAGGGCAAGCUGGAGCUCGGAGGGCAGGCGACGCAAGUGGAUGGCAAGGGGUUCUUCAUCGAGCCAACGAUCUACUCUGAUCUACCGGAGGAUGAGAAGGCGCAGAAGGAGGAGGUGUUUGGGCCGUUUGUGAGCAUCAACACGUUCAAGACGGAGGCCGAGGCGAUUGAGAAGGCGAAUGAUACCGAGUACGGGCUCUAUGCUUCGGUGUACACGCGCGAUAUCAGUCGGGCGUUGAGGGUGGCUAAGGCGUUUGAGUCGGGCACUGUGGGGAUCAAUGCCACGAGCCCGACAUAUGCCCAAGACAUGCCGUUUGGAGGGUACAAGGGCAGUGGACAAGGUCGUGAGGGAGUGGGAUACAGUCUGGACGAGUACUUGGAGCACAAAACAGUGCUCAUCAAGUUGGAAGACAAUGCUUGAUGGAGUGCAGCUCUAUCGACUAAAGCCGCUCUCGACCGCCGUUGCAGAUCGCUCCAU